AUGCUCGCCUCAGCUGUAGCUCCAUUACAGAGUUAUCUGCUCGAUCUACGGACUUUGGCACUCGUCAGUCUCGCCCUCGGUAUCGCAGUCAUCUAUACAUGGUUCGUGCGUCCUCUACUACAUGGGCCGCUAUGUCUUGUCCCUGGUCCAUGGUAUUGCAAGAUCUCGAAUAUCCCCCUGAGCUUCUACGACCUAUCUUUCUGCCGGAACGACCAAAUCCAUAAGUGGCAUCAAAAGUACGGCCCAAUCGUCUGCAUUGCACCCAACCAGGUUUCGAUAGCGAGCUUGCAAGGCACCAAGGACACGUACGGAGCGACACAGCGAUGGGCCAAGAGCAACUACUUUGAUCACUUCAAGGGGUUCAAUAUGCGGUCUGUGUUUGCGACGAAAGCUUACGAGGAGCACCGCACAAAGCGCAAAUAUACGUCCACUUUCUAUCAGUCCCCCGCCAUCUACAAACUACCCGAGAUCGAACAGCACGUCAAAUCUAACUCCUUGGCUGUUCUGGAUCAGAUUCGACUGGGCCAGGAGAUCGAUGUCUACAGCUUGACAAACUGGUACGCGCUCGACAACAUUACCUUCUUGGCCCUGGGACCAAACCACGGAACCCAGUCCGUUGGGCAAGCUUGCGUGGAACGUGACAUCCUCAGGGAUCUGAAAUACCAACAAUUCUUCGGUCCCUUUCGUUUCAGGUAUCCCAACGUCUACCUUUUGCUCUCCAAGUUCCUCGAGGCGCUGAGUUCUCGAUUCAGUUAUCUCUUGGCGCAUGAACGGUUGGAAGCCUGGUGCAGAGAGCGGUUUUUCACAGCGCUAAACGAUCCCCUUACGUUCCAAUCACAUUCCCUCAUUCGGCACAUUCUGAGGACGGAAGAGCAUCACGUAGACAAGAUCGAGAUCGAUCCGCAGUAUGUGGCCGCCGAGAUCCUCGACAACAUCAACGCUGCGGAGGCUACAGUUGCGGUGACUGCCACGUAUCUCAUAUGGAGGCUGACAGAGGCCCCAGCAUGGCAGAGGAAGAUCCGGACAGAGUUGAUUUCGAUCCCCAAGCAACAAAACGGGAGCCUUGCCUUUUCUGAUGUCGACAGUCAGGCUCCAUCAUUGGAAGCUUGCUUGCGGGAGGCAUACCGCCUCCACCCGGCGUCCAGCGGCCGAUCCGAGCGGGUUGUCCCCUCAGGGGGUCACAACUUCUCCGGGGUGUAUGUUCAUGAAGGUACCAUUGUUGCAAACUCUGUCACGGCUCUGCACCACAAUAAAGACGUAUUUCCAGAGCCCGAGUGCUUCGCUCCGGAGCGAUGGCUUGGGGAGGACAAAGAGGCGUGGAAGCUGCGCGACGCCUAUCUGAUUCCGUUUGGGUACGGUGGAAGGGUUUGCCUGGGAAAGGCGUUGGCUACAUUGGAACUGAAGAUGCUCAUUGCAUCUUUGUAUCUCGAGUUGGAGAGUUUUGGCACCUUGUCGACGAAUCCUGCCUCAAUGAAGCAGUGCAGCACCCAUGAUGCUGUGCCUCGGGCUCUGCAAUGCAUGGUUCGAUUCGAAAGGGCUCAGAACUGA